UGGAAGACGCGUGAAUUUCAAACCGAACUCUUUUCACAACGCGCAUCACGUCUAGUAAAGACAAUUGAUCACAAGAUAAACUCUAGCCAACGGAAAACAUGCUGAGUCCACUUGAAGAUCAGGAAAAUCUGCCUGCUAGGGUAGCGGCUUUGGUUACUCCUGCCAGACAACCACUAAAGAGUGUUGUGGACAGUCGAGUAAACCAUGGUACCCCAACCAGACAGCAAUGUUCAGAUCUGUCGAAAAAGUUUCCUUUUAAACAUAAACGGAAAUCAAAGAGGCUCAGUGCCCCUGUACAUAACUUGUAUCAGUUGAUACCUGCAUUGGUGAAGUCAAUAACAUUAACAGCUUCUCCAGUUCAAGAGCAAAGUCUUGUAGAAGAGGAGAUAAGGGUUUGUGAUGUGUCAUUUUCCAGUGGUAAAGGAAAAGAAUCUUUGGUGGAGAAAGUCAUCGGAGAAAUCAUGAAAGAAGUAAACAAGAAAGAAUCAAAAGUGAAAGAGGAAUCCAUGCCAUGGAAGAUGGAUUCAAAUGAGCUAAUUAUUCUGCAGAUGAAUAAGGAAAGAUUGAGACUUGAGAAACAAUUGUCUCAAUUGAUGAAGGAACAGUCAAGAACAAAGAUAACACCCAAUGGUACUUCUAAUUCUGAUACAACAAACGCCAAUGAAUCGGAAAGAACAAGGAAAGCAGAGGAACUUUAUCAAUUGAAACAGCAAUGUGAUCAGUUACAAGAAAUGUUGCUAGAAGUUCCCAGAUUAAAAAAGGAUUUACAUAAAAGUAAACAGGAAACUAAGGGACUUAGUGAAAUACUUUUUGCAAGUCGGAAAAAGACUGUCCAACUAGAAGAUCAUGUCAAGAAACUAAACAAACAAGUCAAAGACAAUGAAAAGCUGAAUGAAAACUGCACACAGCUUCAAAAGAGUUUAGAGAGUGUAACACAAGAAAGGGACCAAAAUGCUGCUGAAUUGAAGAGACUUGGGGAGGAUUUAGAGCAGAAGGAAAAUGAAAUCCAAAGAAAUAGAGAUCACUGCAUAACAUUGAAAGCACUUGUAGAUAGGCUAGAGAAUGCUUCUUCAGAUGCAGAGUGCUACGUGGCCUCCAGUAAGGAAAAUGAAACAAUACUGCAAUAUCAGAUAGAUGAGCUUAGUUUAUCUUUAGAGUCAAACUUGCUUGCUUUAGAGGGGGGAAAGAAACUUUUUAUGGAGAGAGAAGAGGAGCUGAAAAAAUCAAGAGAAAGUGAAAAAGAACUAAGAUACCAGUAUGAGAAGCAAAGUGGACAACUUGAUCAUUUGACAGCAGAACUUGACAUCGCCAAAAUGGAAAUCUCAAGGCAGGAAGAUGUUAUAAUGAGACAACACAGGGAGAUGGAAGAUCUUAAAGUGAAACUUGCAAAUUCCCUCGAGCAAAUAGAGUACAUACAAAUGCAGCAACAAGAGAUGAAUGAAUUUACGGAAGAGGAACGAAGAAAUCUAGAAGUUACAGUGUGUGAAAUGGAAAACGAGUUGAAGCUGACCAAACAAGAAAGAACGGAAAUGGAUGCGUCGUUGAGGCGAAAGUCCCAGAAGUAUGAUGAACUUGUCCAGGAGGUGAAACACUCUAGGUAUCUGUUGCAAGAUAAGCAGGAGGAAUUGGACGCCACACAGUCCCAGGCUCACUGGAUUGUCCUAAAGCAAGAAGCAGUGAUAGCAGACACCACGAAAGAGCUGCGCGAAAUCUGGGAUCUUGUUAAUGAUCUGCUCGUGGAAUUCAACAAAGAAGCUUUCGCGGAACAGCUUAAGUCAUGUACCCCAGAAAAUGACCCAAGCAAGAAGUAUGCAGUGCCCUUGAAUAAGUCUCUUGUUCAGUCUAUUUUAGAAGCAACGGCAAUGAGGGAUAGAAAACUGGAAUUUAAAACGCCAGAAAAACGUUGCCACAAGUUAAGCCCCAUUCCUGAAGUAAUCGAGGAAGAUCAAGACUGUUAUCAAACUUCUGAAGACGAGGAGAAACUACCCUCACUCACUACGCAAGCAGUGGAACUUAAACAAGCCUUAACAGAAUUGACAAAGAAAUGUAGAAAUCACAUCUUCACGGUUCAGGCACAGAACACUGUUGAUAGAUUGUUAAAAGAGAGAAUUGUGUUGGAGGAGCGACACAGGUCUUCUCUUGACGAAGUUAUGUUGCAGCUUGAGGAGUCAAGAAAAUCCGAAACAAAUCUGGGUCGAGAAAUCUCAAGAAAGAACAACCAGAUAACUACACUGCAACAACAACUCGAGGACAGCAGGAUUGAUUUACACCAUUCGUUUCAAAAGAUUGAAUCGCUCAGUGAGCAGUAUGAAAAGACCAUAGAUCAACAGGCUACAGUAACGGGGCUGACCAAUGAUGUACUACGUUUCUCCGAGCAAGUGAAAACGCUCCAAAAAGAGAAAGACAGCUUGUCGCAACAACUGAAAGAAAGCCUUGAUACAUUGAACCAACUGUCACAAAUUUCAUCGAAAGAACACGACCUGAACAAAACCCAAGACGUCCUUGGGAAGCUAUUAGCGGAAAAAUUCAACUUAGAGGAUCAGGUUCGAAAGCUGAAAGAGAAAUCCGUGAUAUAUCGACUGGAAACGCAGGAUCAUAUGACUGAAUACAAAUGUAGAACAGAUUCGAAGAUUCGAGUCCUUGAGAGUAAUAUCCAGAGAGCCGAGACUGAAAUGUUUCGAUUGGAUGGCCUGGUACAGAAGAUUAAACUCGUCCUACAUCAGUAUGAUGAUGUAAUAAAAAUUUGCCCGGAUCUGAACAAGUUGCUUUCUUUUCUAGAUGGUGAAGAUAUUCAUUAAGGCACUCACAUGCACUUUACGUCCACAGUUGUCUCUGUUAAUUCUUAUUUUUUUAGUGCCGAUUAAAAGAGUUUACACAUAUAGACUGGA